CCUUUAAACAUCAAUGCAUUUCUUUUUUCGCUCCAAACCUUGGAUGGCGGUUCUCGGCAGUAGAAGAAAGACGUGAUACUAUAGAUAUAAAUCUAAUCAUGUCAAGAAUAUUCAUUGGAGGUCUUACAGAGGAUGCUUCAAGGACAGAGUUAGAACGUGAAUUUGAAUACUUUGGACGUUUACGAGAUGUAUGGGUUGCAAGGAAUCCACCUGGUUUUGGUUUCAUUGUAUUUGAGGAUCCUCGGGAUGCAGAAGAUGCUGUAAAAGAUAUGGAUGGUAAACGUGUAUGUGGAACAAGAAUCCGUGUGGAGUUCGCUCGUGGACCUGUAAGAGGUGGUCGUGGAGGUGGUCCUAGAGGACGAAGUGAAAAAUGUUACACUUGUGGUAAAUUUGGACACUCUACUCGAGAAUGUAGAAGUGGUGGAAGAUAUGGUAGUGGACGAAGACGAUCAAGAUCCCGGUCAAGAUCACGAGACAGAAGACGUUCCAGAAGGUCGAAUUCACGAUCACGAUCUAAAAGUCGUUCACGGGAAAGGUCAUCAAAAAGAAGAGACAGAUCAAGAUCAAAAGAAAGACGUUCAAACUCCAACGAUAAACGGUCACGUUCAAGAGAAAAACGUACAACUUCAAGAGAUAAAAGAUCUCGUUCGCAUUCUAAGGAACAAAGGUCUGCUUCAAGGUCUCGAUCUCGUUCACCUUCUAACAGUCGAAAAUCAAAAGAACGUAAAGACUCAACAAGGUCUGGUAGUCGAUCAAGAUCCCGCUCACCUGAACAAACGAAUGAUGACCAAGCAGAAAAUAAUGAAAACCAAAACGAUCAACAUGAUAGUGGCAACGAUGAAAAACGAGACAGUGCAGAUGAAAACAACUAAGAGUUGUGCUCACCACAAAUUAAGGACUUCAAGCUCUUUACAUUGUUUUGUUAGCUGACAAUGAUAUGUUAUUCUAACAUAGUUUUUUUGAAAACUAUGAUUGGAUAUUAGUUUGGGCUUAUAUCAACAUAUAGUGGCUAUUGUAUUACAUGCAUGUGUUUCUUUAAAUGACAUCUUAGAGUCCAGACUGAAAGUUACAUUUGCGCAAAUUGAGCAUGCACAAUUGGAACCUUUUUAUCUUUCAUAUGUGUUAAACCUUAUGUUUAAAAGAAAGCUCGUUUUUUAGUCAACAUUGUAAAUAGAUUUAUUGGUUUGACUACCUAACAUAUUUAGACGUUUUUAUUUAAGCUCUGUUUUA